AUGCAGAGAUCUACAACUACAGUACCGUCAGCAGAGGAGCUGAGGACCACUACCAAGCACCGACCUUCACACCGCACCCCAUGUACCAGGAGCCACGCCCGCUGCAACAGGAGCCACGCCCAACAUAUCCGCUGGAGCCACCUACCAGGGCCUUCUACCCUCAACACUCUCAAGCAGCUCUGCAACAGUACCACUCACCACCAAGCCCUGCACCACCGAGAGGAACCACCCAGUUUCAGCAGCGCUUUGCCCCACAACGGUAUCAUGUGCCCCGUCCACAGCCCAGGUCAGAACUAG